CACCGCGAGAAGGCCUGGUGGGAAUGGACAAGCAAAGCUUCAAAUGGUGUCCUUGGGAGUCGAGAGGAAGUGCUUUUGCGAAUGAGGCGGAUUGCUAAAGCGCCAAACGUGGAGCUGAUGGAAGAGGCAAUCAAAGAUUUUAAAGGCAGUUCCUUGUGGACCGAUAACCCACGACUAAGCUCCUGGUUUGAGAAAAAGUGGCUUCCUGCAAGGAAGCGAUGGUGUCAAGCGUACAGAGGUGUGGACUAUAUCGUGGCAGUGCAUACGAACAAUGGUAUCGAGAGACAGAACGAAACCCUGAAAUUCCAGUACCUUGAUGGCUACCUGAAUUGUACACUAGGCGAGAUGCUUACUGUCCUGGUGGAGCAGUUUUUUCCCGACUCUUACAGAAAGUACGUCGACCUAAAUGUGAGAUGCUCUGGAAAUUUUGGAAAGUACAGCGACCAAGUGCCUAACUUUCUUCACGAUCGCCCAAGGGAUGUAGUAAAGUACAUCAUGAAUAAUCUAACAGAACCAGAUCCUAGAUCAGCCAAGAGAGUGAAGCAAGUCGGCGAAGGAGAAUUCAUGGUGGAUGGAAAAAUACGAGUACAAUUUGGGGAUGACGAGAGAUUCCCACAUUGUGACUGUUCGGAGUGGAGACACUCUCGUCUACCUUGUAGACAUUUCUGCCUCAUUUUUUCAUGUUUACCUGGAUGGAGCUGGGAUAAACUAAGCUCGCUUUAUCGUGAAAGUCCGCUCCUUAAUCUUGAUGACAUCACCUUGACCUCGAGUACGAAAGAAGCAUUAUCCGAUGACUGGGAAGACAUGCCAGAGGCAAAUAUUGCAGAAGAAGGUGAGGAAGACACAGCGCAGCAACAAACAUUACCUCUCCCACCCAGAAAAAGGUCGAAGACCAAGCUGUUGCAAAUUCACUGUAGAACGAUAAUGAAAGAACUUACAAGUGCAACCUACCUGAUUAACGACGAAAGCUCCCUGACUGAGUUGGCUCAAGGCCUUGAUGGUUUGUACGCAAAAUCGAAAACCAUGAUGCCCAGUGAAGAUGGAGUACCCAUGGAAGACGUCCCCCGCACUGGAAUAAACAAGAAACGUGAAAAAAAGUCUAAUGACGCAAAGGAACAGGGUGCCAAAGAACAGUCAACUAUCAUACCUCCGCCAUUACAAGCACAUGGUGCGAAAAAACAUCGAGCGAAUGGUCGUUUCGGUGCCAAGGCGGAAUGGCGAAGAAAGUUUAUUGGGCAGAAGAGGAAGUCCUGUGGCUCAGCUCACUCAAAUCAAGGCAUGCCGGGCGUGAAAAGACCUUUUCUUCAAAACGCAGAUUGA